AUGUGCGGCACCGUCGCGUACCAAGCUCCCGAGCUCUGGCCAGAGCUUUCGGCACUUUCGGAAUCGGCCUACAAACAGAGCCACAAGAUGGACGUUUGGUCACUCUACGCAGCUUUUGUCGCAAUGUCGAGCAAGAUGAAGGCUUUCCCGCCCCGUGCUAAAAAUAGCAUUAGCGUUCAUGAGCUUUACAGGAAUUCCAAGAAACUGCUCAUCGAAUCUGUCAAGAUUCACAAACAGCUCGCGCCCAUGGCUGAGCUCGAACCGGACCGCCGCGCAUCGGCUGCGUGGAUGCUGAACAGCCUGUUCGGAGGCCGAGGCUUGACGACGCGCCCAGGGAAGAUUGAGCCAUACUAUCCGCCGGGCACUUCUCCUCCCCGCCCUGUGCGCGUUCAGACAGCACCUCGCCGCCAGUGGUCAAGUAACAUGGACAUCGACGAACCGCAGAACAUGGCAACCCCCAAGCUAGCACUCCCGCAAGGUGGUAGAGCGGACGUUGACAUUCCAAUCAUUGUACACACUCGUGCGGUCCUUGAUCGGCGAGAUGCGCAACUGGUUCAACAGAAAAUUCGCAAACAAGGUGGAGGUGUUGUCAAACGUCGGGCCAAGCCUCGACACCCUGUUGCUAUUCGAUGA